CUUUCGGCCAUCUUGUUUCAUGUGUUUCACUGGACAAGACUUGUGUUUUCCUUCUGCCGUUUGCCCAUCAAUCCAUAACGUUUCGUGUAACCGAACAUCUCCCACUCUGCAAGUAUGGGAGUUCCAGCAUUUUUUCGCUGGCUUAGCAAGAAAUAUCCAUCGAUAGUGGUCCACUGUGUGGAGGAAAAACCCAAAGAAGUGCAUGGCAUACAAGUACCAGUUAAUAUUACUGAGCCGAAUCCCAAUGAAAUAGAAUUUGAUAAUCUGUAUCUGGAUAUGAACGGUAUAAUUCAUCCGUGUUGCCAUCCCGAAAAUAAACCUGCCCCUAAAAAUGAAGAUGAAAUGAUGUUGGCCAUCUUUGAAUGUAUCGACCGGCUCAUGCGAAUUGUUCGUCCCAGGAGGCUGUUGUAUAUGGCGAUUGACGGCGUGGCACCCCGUGCCAAGAUGAAUCAGCAGAGGUCGAGGAGGUUUCGUGGUCCUAAGGAAGUCAGGGAGAAGCAAGUUGAAAUUGAUAAGGUGAAGGAAGAGAUUCUCUCCCGUGGCGGCACACUCCCUCCUCCCAAACCAGUGUCAGAAAAGUUUGACAGCAACUGUAUCACCCCGGGUACAGAGUUCAUGUUCAGACUUGCUGACUGUCUGAGAUAUUAUGUUACCGAACGAAUCAUGACUGAUCCAGGCUGGAGUAAAGUCAAGGUAAUUUUAUCAGAUGCUAAUGUGCCAGGUGAAGGAGAGCAUAAAAUAAUGGAUUAUAUCCGGAAGCAAAGAGGCAGUCCAGAUCACGACCCGAAUACUCAUCACUGUCUGUGUGGUGCUGAUGCGGAUCUCAUCAUGUUAGGACUUGCGACGCAUGAACCUUAUUUCACUAUCAUUCGAGAAGAGUUCAAACCCAAUGCGCCAAGGGCAUGUGAGCUGUGUGGGCAGUAUGGUCACGAGAUGAAGGAAUGUACCGGUGCUGCAAAAGAAAAGGAAGGAGAGUUUGAUGAGUUGACAAAGCCAUUUGUUCAAGAGCAAGAGUUCAUAUUUCUACGUUUGAACAUCCUAAGAGAGUAUCUUGAAAAAGAACUGUUUAUGACUGGUCUUCCCUUCACAUUCGACUUUGAGAGAGCUAUAGACGACUGGGUAUUUAUGUGUUUCUUCGUCGGCAAUGACUUUUUACCACAUUUACCAUCGCUGCAAAUCAGGGAGGGUGCGAUUGAUAGGCUAAUACGUAUAUACAAGACAGCUGUUUUCAAGACUGGGGGUUACCUUACUAAAGAUGGUGUUGUGAAUUUGGAACGCGUUCAAAUGAUGAUGACAGACUUGGGCGAGAUGGAAGAUGGAAUCUUCAAGAAAAGACGGAGUGAUGAUGUGAGGUUCCGUAAUAUCCAGAAAGAAAGAAAGAAAAGAAAUAAGAGAAAUUCAGCGCCGUCGUUUGUACCCGCUGGACAAUAUGCCCCACAGCCUGUCAGCAGUUCACCGUCAGCGAUAUCGAAUCCCAGACAAGAAGCUUACCAAAUGAGAAUGGGAACCGGACCCAAGUCGUCUACUGGUUCAAGUGCAGUGGGUCAAGAUCUUGCCAACCUGGAUGCCGCUAAAGCUUUGAAAACUAUGCUUGGAAGCGAUUCCCAACCCGGAAGUAAAAGAAAGAGGGAGGACGAGGAAGAAGAAGACGAUGAACCUAAAGACGAUAUCAGGCUGUGGGAAGAUGGUUGGAAAGAUAGGUACUACAAGUUAAAAUUUGACGUGUCUGAGAAUGAUGAACAGUUUGUUCAAAGUGUGGUGAGUUCCUAUGUUGAAGGACUGUGCUGGGUGUUGAGAUAUUACUACCAAGGAUGCCCGUCCUGGAAGUGGUACUUUCCAUUUCACUAUGCUCCCUUUGCGGCUAACUUUAUAGAUAUUGGCAAGCUUCCAAAUGACUUUGAGAAAGGUACCAAACCUUUUAAACCGCUUGAGCAGUUAAUGGGAGUGUUUCCCUCUGCUAGUGGACAGUUUUUACCUGAAACAUGGAGAAAACUAAUGAGCGACCCAGAUUCUCCUAUCAUAGAUUUUUAUCCCGAUGAUUUCGCAAUCGAUUUAAACGGCAAGAGAUAUGCAUGGCAAGGAGUGGCGCUGCUACCAUUUGUAGAUGAGAAAAGACUGAAAGAAGCCCUUGUGGGCGUGUAUUCAGACUUGACACCUGAAGAAAUUCACAGGAAUGGUCUUGGGAGUGACAGACUGUUUGUUGGUAAAAAACACCCAGCAUAUGACUUCUUCAAGGAGUUGUAUGAUGGUGGUGACUUCAGUGAGCCAGUGGACAUGAACCCCAAACUGACAGAGGGUAUGUCAGGAACCAUAUGGGCCGACGAGUUUGUGUGCAUGCCUGGAGAACCGAGGAAGUCCCCAUUACCGAUGCUAGAAGAUUUGCGUAAUACUGAAGUACUAAGUGUUUCAUUCAGGGACCCUCAAUAUCCCGAAGACCAUGUCUUUUCAGCCAAACUGUUACCUGGAGCCAAACUACCAGAACGUGUACUCAAGCCGGAGGAUUUCAACAAUCGAAAUCCUAAUACAUCGUAUCGCCCACAAGUUGGUUUCAGACGUCGAUCGGGUCCGAGUGCAUCGCUGGAUGCUGGCGGCCAUAGAAUGGUCAGGCAUUCAAUGCGUGGGGCGUACUCCAACGCUCCUCCGCCACAGAGUCUUCUUGCAACCCCAACCGGAAGAUCAUACCCGUACCAACACAGAGGAUCUUAUAGUGACGAUCGUAAUUAUAAUCAGAGAGAUCACCGCCAGCAUCAUGGACAGUAUCAGAACAACCGAAGUCAGGGAUACGGCGCAAGCUAUGGUGGAUCUGGAGGAUGGAAUCGGCAGUCACAGGGUCAGCAGCAGGCAUACCAGCAGAAUCAACAGCGAUACCAGCAACCACAAUAUGGAGGAUAUGGGCAUCAGUACCGACAUCAGAAUCAGUCACAGUCGCAGGGACAUGGUAAUCGUUUCAAUCAAAACGCUCCCGGUCGAAACUACCCGACACCACCAAAAUAUUCGCAGCGUCGUUACUAGUCUGAUGUUUUGACCUCAAGAUUUUUCUCCCUUACCUGUUGCCUAUUAUCUCUACAUUUCAUCUGACUGAUUUGGAUAUUUGUAUAUUGAGUUUAUUCUACUAGUUAUGAACACUACAGCUGACAGCAGAGUGUAUGAUGGACACUACUUAAAACCUCCCCUGUCUACUUGGACCAGCGAGAGAGAAAAAAAAUCCUAAUGGCUCAUUCAGUGCCACUUCACCUACUGUGUUGAAAAUCAUACAUACAUCUCAAUUCCAGAAUGGAGACGAUGCCGUCAUAGUGAUGACGAGAUGUUCACUGAUAACCUUUUUCUAUAUUGAUACUAUACUAUUAUGAGAGCGUGGGUCGAACGAUAUCUUCUACUCCAUCGCUAACUGUCUAUGGCAUGUCUGGUCAUUGACGCAACACUUCAGCCAACUUGAAGAAGUGUUAAAGAGAACAAAAUAAAGCAGAGACCCAUAUUUCAGCUGUCUCCAGGUAUCGGGGCCACUAGUAUUGCUAUCAGCAGUGUAUUUUAUCCUCCGUAAUGUUAGAGCCCUUACGAAAAAAAAAAAAAAAAAAAAAAAAUACUAAUAACCCUUCAAAUCCAUUUUCUACCUCCUUUGGCCCUGAUACCUGUAGGCUGACCUGACCUCAUAAAGUAUUUGUUGUCAAGUAAAUGUAACCUGUCAAAAUUCCGCUUCCUCUUGGCGUGAGUCACGCCAUCUAGUCAGAAACUAAUCCUGACUGAGAAUUGAGAGUAAUUUCACUGCCCCAAAUUCUCUAUUAUAUUUGUUUUCUCAUGAAAUAAUCCUAAUUAUUGUAUGUGGUAAAUAUUAAUAAUUCUUUGUAUUCUAAUUAAAUAUUUUUUUUUUUUUUGUUAAUUGAGAAACAUUAUUGGGGAGGGGGGUGGGGGGUUGUUUCUUAUAAAUUUCCUUCUUUUUUUUUUUCAAA